CUUUUUCUCCUCUCCAUUAUAAGAUCUCUAACGCCUCUUCAAUCCAUGGAAUAUCACUUGCAUCAUCAAGAACAAGAUCUCGCAGGUGUCGACGUUGCCGCCUCCAGCGGCGGCGGAGGCGAGAGGCUACCACAGUGGAGUCCGGCGGAGACCCGGGAGUUCCUCUCCGUCCGAGCUGAGCUCGAUCAGUGCUUUGCUGAGACUAAACGCAAUAAGCGUCUUUGGGAAGAAAUCUCAUCACGCAUGCUUAGUAAGGGCUUCUAUCGCACCCCCGAACAAUGCAAGUCUAAGUGGAAGAACCUUCUCACACGCUUCAAGGGAAGCGAGGCAAUGGACGAUGAGAGGAGUAGGCAGACGUUCCCUUACUAUGAGGAAAUGAAAAAUAUAUUCUCGAGAAGGGUGCAAAGGCUUCACAGCUUGGAGAAGGAGAAGGGAGUAUUGGAUCCGGAAGAAGUCGAGGAGAAGCAGGAAGAAGAAGAUGAUGAUGACGGAAGAAUGAAGAAGAAAAGGAAAAGGAAAAGUGGUAGAAAUGAAGGAGAAGAAAGAGGAAGGAUACUUGAAGAAGUGUCGUGGGCAUUAAAGGAGCUGGCGAGGAGGCAAAGGGAGAGGGAAGAGAGGUGGUUGCAGGCUGCAGAGAGGAGAGAUGCCGAGAGGCGUGAGGCCCAGUUCGAGUUGCGGAGGGUGAUGGAGGGGAUUCAUGAAGAGCGGGCGGCUAUGGAGAAGAGAUGGCGAGAAAGAGAAGAAGAGCGGUGGGCAAGGCAGGAGGUCAGAGCCGAGCGACGGGAUAGAAUCAUUGCUACUAUUUUUGCAAGGCUUGACGGCGAUAAUGGCGAUUGAAUGGUUAUGUACGUAUGGGAGCCAAGGUAGUUUUUUUGCUUGCUUUUUAGUUAAUUUUUAGUUAGAUUUGUUGAUCAAAGAUUUUGGUGCUAUGUAAUGGACCUUAUCGACCCCUGUACUGCAUCUUAGUUUUAAUUUUGAAGAGGAGAGUGAGUAUAGAUGGCAUUUUUAGUAAGAGGUGAAGACCUGAGGAGUACUAGGGUUCGAUACUGUUUCUGACCAAGGAAGAAAUGGUCUGCGUGCCAUGUAGAAGAAUGUGCAUGAAAAUUCGUUCAUCUUCUUGUGUGUGUAUAAGAAUAAUUUACUGAGAAAUGUUAUUUAAAUUACGAUUCAAAUGAUUUUUUU